CUGCGACGUCCGUUAACACAAACAAACAAUGCCCAAAGGAUUAACUCAAUCAUCUCCUCCUUCAAUCUCCUGAACACAACAUGAAGAGUUUCAGUUGCCUCUCAUUGAUAUUCCUCCUCCAACUUAUCCUACUUCCCGUCCUGUUAUUAUCAUGUCCCGUCCCGAACGACACGAGCUUGAUCGAGAAGACAUGCAAGAAGACGCCCUACCACGACCUCUGUGUGUCGUCCCUCGAGUCGAACCCGAACAGCUCGUACGCGGAUGUCAGUGGGCUGGCAGAGAUAAUAAUCGACUCGGCCCUGCUUAAUGCAACCGACACGCUCAACUACACACGACUGCUGAUAAACCAGAUGUCAGAUCCGACCACGGAGCGGCCCCUGGACUACUGCGCCGAGCUGUACAUUCCAGUCGUGAAGUACACUCUACCUCAGGGAAAGGAUGCCUUUGACAAGGGGCAGUACAAGUUCGCACUGUACUGCCUGUCCAACGCCGCGAAGCAAGCGGACACGUGCGACAAGAUGUUCCAUGACUCAAUCGUGAAACCGCUGAGUGACCGGAACAAUAUCUUUCGGGAACUCUGCAGCGUGGCAGUAGCGAUUAUAAACAUAGUGUUGAAGGGUAAAUGAUCUUAGAGAUGCUAUACCAGUAUGGAUGAUGCUGCAUGUAACGUGAAGAUCUUUAGGGUCCAUGCGACAUAGCAUGAACAUUGAGUGCAUAUGUAACAAUACAGGUACCGCAGAACUUUCUUAAGUGAAAAUAGCAUUGUUUUACCGAAUAGAUUAAUUCGAAUGCGGAACGGAUGUUUAAA